AUGUUUCAGUUUGUGUUUGAUGAAAACGGACUGCAAUGUGGUGAUAUCUUCUCCAACUGCAUAACAAUGGAUUGUUGCGAGCAUUUCAAACCGCACUAUGUUAUGCUUCGUGGAAGAUGUAUGCGCCUCGACAACUACUAUCAGAAAUCAGGUGGCCAAUCAAGCGCAUUGCGUUUGAAUUUUAAGAACUGUAACAGUUUACUGAUCGAUGGCAAAGAACAGAAGCAGUAUGUCAUCUACUUCGGCGAUGAAUGGCCUGAAAUCGCUAUCUUUCCACGGAUAUACGUCACUAAGGAUGAGUUCGUCUUAGCGAGUAUACAACUGAGAAAGGUGAAGAUGAUGCCUAGAAGGGACGUCUGUUCUAUUGAUCCAAAUCGCAAAGGUCGAGCCACGUGUUACGUGAAUCGUUGGCUGGAGGAGAAUCUGUUGCACCCAUUCAACUGCACCCUUCCAUCCAUGCGCAACUUGCGAUCCGCCAAUGGUUACGAGGUCUGCGAUCCGCACGUCGUCGUCGCAAACUAUCACCAAAUCAUCACUGCAAACACACUUCGGAGCAGGUGCCAGCUGAAUUGUGACCGAUGGGAUCGGUACUUCCAGUACUGGUCAUCUGUGGAGAAGAUGCGAGGCGCAUUCCGGCUGGAAGUGUUCUAUGCUGACCUCAGUUAUGAGGAAUACGAGGAGAUCGCCAUGCUUUCCUAUCCUGGCUUCAUCUCACAACUUGGUGGACAACUCGGCCUUUUUCUUGGCGUGUCCGUCAUCUCGCUACUGCAUAUAGUGAAACAUUUCUCAUUGAUGGCUGUGAUGUUAUUCGAAAAACUGUCGCGAUAG